CCCCAUCCACCUUAUCCACUUCAGCCACGCCCCAUCUCCCCCCGUCGUUCCCUCCUCCACCCGCCCCGAGCAGCAGGGAGCACCGGCGCCUGCGCUGCGUCGCCAUGGAUGGCCUGCCCCGAGUAGCAGCCAGCAGCCAGCAACGUGAGGUCGGGAGAUCCUCUCCUCCCCGGAUCCCGAUGACGGCGAGAUCCAGCAGAUGCAGACCAACCGGCGGUGGUCGUCGCCACGACACGCGGCCCUCCAUGGGCUUGUGCUUCUGCUCGACUGCUCGCCCGGCGACGUGGUUCCCAGUGACUUACGACACGGCUGCUUCGAUCCGUGCCCCGGUGACAUGCCUAGUGCCCCCAAGAAGAUUGGAUGCCUUGGUUGGUUGCUGCAGGGACGCGUGCUGGAGUCCUCGUCGACUGCAUCAAGUGAUUACAGGCUGCAGCGCGGGAAGAUAGAGAAUUCGCUGCCAAUAUUUAUGCUCAACUGCGUACAACUACAAGGGGGGGUGAGGGUAAUGAAGGAGAUAAUGCAGAACGACAGUCACAAGCUGGUAGGAUAAGGGCAUCACCUGGGAGGUUGGUGAAGUUGAACAAUAAGUUGAGCCCAUUACAAAAGUCACACCUCUGCCACAAGCUGUUUGGAGGCCUGGAUUCAUGUUUUAGUUGCACAUAUUUACAACAAAAGUUGGCUUUGGAUUCAUGUUUAGUUGCACAAAUAUGUGUUUAUUUUUGCACAGACUGCACACAUCCAUGUCUGUGUGUGUUGAUUGCACACAUUUACAUCAAAAGUUGGCUUUUGGAUCCA